AUGGUCAAGGAGAAACACUGUCCACUAAUCGUGUUUGGCGUCUCUGGCUGUGGCAAGACCCGUGCUGUGAUUGAGCUUCUGUCUCAGCACUGGGGUUUUUACUUCAACGCGUCGAGCGACGACUGGGGAUCAGGAGACAUGAUGACGCUCCACUCCACCGUCCAAAAGCACCUGAACGAUACCCGGGACUCCCCUACUGCUGAUCGACAGCUCAACAAUGCCUUCGCACGCAAGAUUACUCUAUUACUCUUUCUCUCUCGACUCCUUGUCUUCAAGUACUGCCUCGGUGUUCCCGGUUGCGCUGAGACGUUCACAAGUGCAAGAUGGACUCUCCUUCAAGUAUGCCCGCAUGUUCUCCUCGACGACCUUUUCAACGUACUAUUCCGCAAGCUUCGCAGACUGGUGGAUCAUGGCGAGCGCUAUCUCUCGGACUAUGUCAGCGAUGCGUUCGAGGAUGUGAAAGGACGCCUUCUUGGACGUGGAUGUCAACCAACAAUCAAGGAUGACACCAGGCUCCUAGUCAUCAACGAUGAGGCACAAUUCCUUGGCGACCAGUUCAAUGGCUCUUUCCAAUCGAUGUCUUCUUCGGACGAGUCUCCACGCCCUCUUCUCUCACCAAUUCUUCACGCCUUCCGGGAUAUCGGUCAGCAUCAGUUCACGCUUGUCACCUGUGGUACUGGCUUGUCAAUCAAUACCCUUUUCUGGGUUCAGAGCUCAGGCUCUGGUCUGAAGGACAGUUCCACUACCUUUGAGCUAUAG